GUCAAGUGCUGAUUACCAGCAAGGCUUGGACCAAUUUCUCAAAUUUGCAUUCGACAAUGCAUCUAAAGGAAGUAUGAUUCUUUGCCUAUGUCGAAAAUGCACUAAUUGCUUUUGGAAAGAAGAGGAAGUUGUCUAUGAACAUCUCUUAUGUGAUGGAUUUAUGCAAGGUUAUACAAGAUGGAUAUUUCAUGGAGAGGACACUUCCCAAUCAAACCCUACUAAUAAGGCAAAUAUUCAGAAUGAACAAAUCAACGAUGAAAUGGAUGAACUUUUACAUGAUGCAUUUUUUCAUCCAGAGUCAGAUUUUGAUGUGGGAGAUUUAGACACUAACGAUUUGACAACGGAGCCAGACGAAGAGACAAAAAAAUUUUAUAAAUUAGUGAAAGAUGCUAAUCAAGAAAUAUAUCCAGGUUGUAAGAAGUUUUCAAAACUCUCAUUCAUUGUGAGACUGUUACAAAUAAAGUGUUUAGGGGGUUGGAGCAAUAAAAGCUUUGAUAUGCUCUUAAAAUUGCUAAAAGAAGUAUUACAAGCAGGCGAAACCUUACCAAGUAGCUUUUAUGAGACUGACAAAAUCAUUAAAGACUUGGGCCUAGGCUAUGAGAAAAUUGAUGCUUGUCCAAAUAAUUGUAUGUUAUAUCGGAAAGAGUUUGCUAAUGCAUCUUUAUGCCAUGUAUGUGGUGCCUCAAGGUGGAAAACCAUUGAAAGUAAAGUAAGUAUUAAGAAGUCAAAAGAGAAGCAUGGUCAUAAGGUUUCUGCAAAGGUAUUGCGAUACUUUCCACUAAAACCAAGACUACAAAGGCUAUUUAUGUCUUCAAAAACAGCAUCUUAUAUGAGAUGGCAUAAUGAAGGGCGCACAAAAGAUGGAUUACUUAGACAUCCUGCUGAUUCUCCAGCAUGGAAGGAUUUUGACCAUAAGCAUCAAUUGUUUUCAUCGGAGCCACGGAAUGUGAGGCUAGGGUUGGCAAGCGACGGCUUUAAUCCAUUUCGCACAAUGAGUAUUUCUCAUAGUACGUGGCCCGUUGUCUUAAUUCCUUAUAACUUGCCCCUUUGGAUCUGCAUGAAGCAACCAUACUUUAUACUCUCAUUACUUAUUCCUGGUCCAUCUGCCCCUGGGAAUGAUAUAGAUGUGUACAUGCAGCCAUUGAUAGAUGAAUUAAAGGAGCUAUGGGAUGAAGGCAUCAAGACAUACGAUGUGUCUUGCAAACAGACAUUUCAAAUGCAUGCUGCAAUCUUGUGGACCAUCAGCGAUUUUCCAGGUUAUGCUUGUCUUUCGGGAUGGAGCACAAAAGGGCAACUUGCUUGUCCUUAUUGCAAUAGUGAAACUUGCUCUGAAUAUUUAAAGCAUGGAAGAAAAAUUUUGCUAUACGGGACAUCGGAGAUUCCUUGAUAAUGGACAUAAAUUUCGGCGUGAUGCAAUAUCUUUCAAUGGUAAGCAAGAACAUAGAACAGCACCUACUCCACUUUCUGGUUGGGAUGUUUUAGAGCAAGUAAAAGAUGUUAACAUCAUUUUGGGAAAGUAUAAUUGUAAUAUAAGAAGCAGAAAACGUAAGCGAGUAGAUGAUGUUCAACCUUCAC